CCACCUUGCUCUCUGACUACCACCAUGUCUGCUGCUACUCAGGAUCCGGAAGUGAACCCAUACGACCUACUUGGCCUUGGGAUCGAAUGCACAAAACAAGAAAUCCAGACAGCCUACCGUCAGACCUCUCGGAAAGUGCACCCUGAUCGCAACAGGAAUGACCCGGACGCCGCCCAAAAGUUCCAUGCCCUGACUCAAGCGUCCGAGCUGCUGCUGGACCCGCUGCGACGCCUGGCGCUCGACGCGAAGCUGCGCCUCAAAGCCGCACGGGACGCGCGUUACAAGAACUUCGACGCGAAGCGCAAGACCAUGGUGUCGGACCUCGAAGAGCGCGAGCGCGCGUUCAAAAAGGCCAAGAUGGACCAGGAGACGGACGAGGCGGGCAGGCGGGCCGAGACGGAGAAGAUACAGGAGGCUGGGCGCAAGAUGCGCGAGGAACGAGAGCGGCAGGCUCACGAACGACAGGCCGAGGCGCAGCGGGCGGCGGAGGACGAAGAUCUUCCUCCAACCAUGCACCCAUUAGACACCGCUGUCCGGCUCAAAUUCAAAUCCGCCGCUCAUCCCGCAUUGACAACACCCACAUCACUUGCUGAGCUACUCAGACAGUUCGGCGAAACCGACGCCGACGGCAUCGUCCUCUCGACCACAGGCAGCAAGAAGAACAAAUCCGGGACCGACAAGCCCGAUAAGCCAUCCAAAUACACGACGGCCGCCGUCCUGUUCAAGCAGAUCGGGGAUGCCUUCGCCGCCGUUGGUGCUAGCGGCCGGGCGGAGCGCGGUCUGGACGGGAUCGAUGUGGUGUGGGCGGGCGGGAAGGAGCCGGAUAUCAUUAGAUGGCUGAAGCGCACGGGAAAGUUGUCGGCGCGGCCUCUCCCAUCUGAAAAAACGGAGACGAGGCAAGGCGACUCGUCCUCGGGCACGGGCCAGCUACCGCAAACCUCGCCGGCAGCAUCCGACUCGUAUUCGACGUUUCCUACCUCCUUCGUUUCUCCACCUGAUGCGGCCAAAUCCAAUGCGCCCGUGCCGUCACUAGGUUUAGAUUAUGAAGCUGUCACGUUGAUGCGGAUGAGACAGGCGGAGCGCGAACGAUUGGAACGUGAGAUUCUGGCGCAAGAGGCGGAGGACUAAUAGAGUCCACAUGUACGAAUCUGGAUUGAAAAUGUACCCCAAAAUCCUA